UGACAGCAUUGAUUCUCCAAGAGGGCUUGUCAGUGGAAGACUAUAGGAAGUGCCUUCCCUUCGCUGGGAGAAAGGGAGGAUUGAGGAUAACACGUUCUGAGUCAUCCUCGGCUACGUAUCCUGUCUUAGUGCCAUUGUGCGUGCACGCGUGUUUGUGUGUGCAUGUGCACAUAUGUGUGAAGGCCAGGGGACAACCUCAGAUGGUAUAUCUCAGAAACCCUGGAAUUACAGAUGUUCACUCUCAAGCCUGGCUUUAUCUAUGUUCUGAGGAGCUAAAGGUUCUCACGCUUGAACAGUUUCUCUCCACAUGGCUGCCAAGGAAGCAACGGUCACCGUUCGCCUCAUCCGUUCGUUUGAACAUCGAAAUUUCAGACCUGUAGUAUAUCAUGGAGUUAAUUUGGACCAAACUGUGAAGGAAUUUAUAAUUUUUCUAAAGCAAGAUGUCCCUUUGAGGACCAGCCUGCCUCCACCACUCAGAAAUUACAAAUACGAUACACUAAAGAUUCUUCAUCAAGCUCACAAAGCAAAGACGAAUGAGCUGGUGAUGGGUUUGGAGGACGACGACACACUCCUACUGAAGGAAGACAGAACGCUGAAGGACUCGGGGAUAGCCGGUGAGACUGAAAUUGCUUUCUUCUGCGGAGAAGAUUAUGAGAGAUAUAAGGCUAAUCCCACCUCGUCCUGGUGAGCGUGCCGGCACACCUUCGCAACCCUUCUUCCAAAGUGAGCUUUUUAAAUUGUCAAAUAAAGCUUUAAAAAAUU